UCAUCAGCUGGAUGGUACAUUCGAGCUUCUUCUCCACGUUUCCUGGACUACCUGCACUUUGCCGGGCCGACCUCGUUAGGAAGAGGAGAGGGCGAGCUUUGGAUCAGGGUUAGAGAGAGAUUAACGGCAUGGAGGGGACGUAAAGCUGCGGCGUAAUCCUCACAGUGGAGACAAAAUCAGAGCAACAACAAGUCACAGAGUUUGCGAAGAAGACGUAUUCUGAUUUUUCUCUCGUUUUGGCGUCAACGAGAGUUUAAUUGUUAAUUUUUUUUCUCCAACACAAAGGGAAACCAUGAAAAAGGAUAAGCAGGUCAACAUUCAGAAUGAGCCGCCAUCUUAUCAGGAAGCGACUGCAGGCUACGAGGAGAUGCAGGCGCAGUUUUCCUGGGAUGACCAGACCAUCAGGCGGACCUUCAUCAGGAAGGUCUAUGCCAUUCUCAUGGUGCAGCUGUUUGUGACCGUGGCGAUUGUCGCUCUCUUCACAUUUUGUGCACCUGCACGCUUCUUCAUUCAGACCCACCCCAGCCUGUACAUGGCAUCCUAUCUCACCUUCUUCGCCACUUACAUCGCUUUGUCCUGCUGUGGAGACCUCAGGAGACAAGUUCCUUGGAACAUCAUUUUGUUAGUUGUCUUUACUCUGAGCAUGGCCUUCAUGAUGGGCUUUGUGUCCAGCUUUUACAACACCAAGUCUGUGGUGCUGUGUUUGGGAAUCACGGCCAUCGUGUGUUUCUCCGUCACCGUCUUCAGCUUCCAGAGCAAAGUUGACAUCACUUCCUGUCAGGGCGUCCUGUUCUCACUGUGCGUGGUCAUGUUGCUGUGCGCCAUCAUGCUGUCCAUCGUCGUCCCCUUCGGAUACGUUCCUUGGUUGCACGCCAUUUAUGCCGUUUUAGGAGCCAUCCUCUUCACGCUGUUCCUGGCCUUCGACACUCAGAUGCUGCUGGGGAACAAACGCUACGCCAUCAGUCCCGAAGAGUACGUCUUUGCCACGCUCAGCAUCUACCUGGACAUCAUCUACCUCUUCAGCUUCCUGCUGCAGAUCACAGGAGGAGGACGCGACUGAGGCCUGACUUCUCCACUUUUGGUUUCAUUGACUUUUGACCCCUUUAUACCUUUUAGAAGUGUGUGUGUGUGUGUGUGUGUGUGUGUGUGUGUGUGUGUGUGUGUGUGUGUGUGUGUGUGUGUGUGUGUGUGUGUGUGUGCGUGUUU